UAUCAAGUUCUUCAAUUUCAUUCAGUGACACUUUAAUAUUAUUUAAUUGGAUGAAGCCACUUGUCACUAAUGGACAAAUCCUGUAUUAUCAAAUAAACCUGACAGUCAGUUCUACUACAGUGAAGACACUACAGUCUAAUGGGUCAAACUACAUUACCAUUGAAUCAGAUCCAUUUGUUCCAUACCAGCUCUCAAUAGCUGGGUAUACUAGCAAAGGAAGAGGAGAACUAUGGGUUAGCAGUGUCUUUUUCUCAAAAGAAGGAAUCCCUCCAAAUGGACCAGGAAACGUAACUGCAGUUUGGAUUAAUAGCACGACUGUUAAAGUGACAUGGCUACCAUUAACACUAGCAAAAGCAAGAGGAUUCAUCACACGUUACAGUGUCUAUGCUGGGAAUACAGGAAUUGCUAAUGUUUCUAAUGAUAGUAGCAUUGCUUAUAUUGAUAGUCUUAAUCCCAUGUUACAAUACUCUAUAUCAGUUUCAGCCAGUACUAAAGUAGGAGAGAGCAGUAACAAUUCCGUGAUUAUACUACCAGCAUAUAUUGUAGAAACCAGCAGUAACUGGCUACCACUAGUAAUUGGAGCAGGAGGUGGAGGAUGUGUUGGUGUCAUUUGUAUAUGUUGUACCAUUAUAGUUUGUCUUUGUUGUAGGAGGAGGAGUAGGAGGAAAACUCCCACAAAAACAGAGGAAGCAGUUGAAUUGUACAGUUACAUCACUAAAAUAACCACAGACUCCGUAGACAAUGAUUACCAUUACAUUGCAGCACCUUUAGUUUGUCAGAAUGAAGCAGCAAUAGUUGGUACAGGAGCUCAAAGGAUAAAAGUAAAUGAGUUUCCAUCAUUUGUUAGCAGAUCUAAAAGAUCCAUAGAAUACGAGUUUGAAGAAAUAGAACGAAUAUCUCCAAUUAAGGCAACAAGCAUUGGAAGCAAAAAUGCUGCAUUUAAUAGAUUUGAAGACGUCUGUCCUUUUGAUGACAAUAUUGUUCCAUUGAGCACAAGUGAAAAAGAAGAAGACUCAAUCUACAUCAAUGCAUCCUAUAUUGAUGGCUACCAAAGAAAGAAUGCCUACAUAGCAACUCAAGGGCCAUUGAAAAAUACUAUUGGUCACUUCUGGCAGAUGAUAAUAGAAUAUAAGCUACCGACUAUUGUCAUGUUGACAAAAGUAUUUGAAGGCAAUAUUGUAAGAUAUAGUUUUCUGCUGUACAAACUGGUCUAACUUUUGAUGAUUA